AUCUGUAACUCAACAAAUUCGAAAAUAAAAAUGGUAUCUUCACAUCUCCUUCACUUAUCUUCCCUCCACAAUCCCAAACUCACCUUCAAUUUCAACAACGCCGGAUCCAAACCCAUCACCAAAACCCCAAAUUUUGCAUCUUUUUGCAGCCCAAAACGUUACAAUCGCGACCUAGUCUGUUAUGGAAGUAAAGAGGAAGUAAACGGUGGAGGAGGAGGAGAUGGGAAUGAAGAGAAAAAAGAUGGGUUGUUGUUGUUACCGGAUUGGAUUGAUUUUAGUUUGGAUGAUGUGAAAACGGUUGUUGUUGCGGUUGCAGUUUCGCUUGCGUUUCGGGCGUUUAUUGCUGAGCCAAGGUUUAUUCCUUCGUUGUCUAUGUAUCCUACGUUUGAUGUUGGAGACAGAAUUGUUGCUGAAAAGGUUAGUUAUUAUUUUCGAAAGCCAUGCCCAAACGAUAUUGUGAUAUUUAAAAGCCCUCCAGUUCUUCAAAAGGCAGGAUACACCGAUGAUGAUGUUUUCAUCAAACGAAUUGUCGCAAAGGCAGGCGAUGUGGUUGAGGUACACAACGGGAAGUUAAUAGUAAACGGGGUAGUCAGAAACGAAGACUUCACAUACGAAGCACCUAAAUAUGAAAUGAAUCCAGUUCGUGUACCAGAAAAUUAUGUUUUUGUGAUGGGCGAUAAUCGUAAUAACAGUUAUGAUUCACACGUUUGGGGAUCACUGCCAUCCAAAAACAUAAUCGGGAGAUCGGUGUUGCGGUACUGGCCGCCAGCGAGGAUCGGCAGCACGGUUUUGCCAGGUGGUUGUGCAAUCGACCAGCCGGAAAAUACGAAUAGUAGUCUAGAAUCUCAACAAGAUACCAGUAAAUUAGCAUCUCAAUAGGCAUUUAGGGGUUUAAGGCAUAUACCAUAACCCUUGACUUUUUUAUAGUCAACAAGACAAUUUGUUUAUACCCUUAUUCUUUUUUAUUGAGUCCCAUCUUUAGGUAAGAAAGUUCUGAUGUGUUGGGUAACGGGUCAAAAUCUGUUCGGUUAGAAAAGACAAUUUUUGGUAUUUGCCAAUACUAGCCGGAUUGUAUUGGCUCACAACUUUUUUUAUUCCUGUAAAAGAUUUUAAAAUAGUUGUAACUUGUAAUAAAUAUGAUGAUAAAAACUA